AUGAAGAGAGUACUUUCCUGUUUGCUAACAGGGGUGAGAAGCAGCAAGUUGUUGAGCCAGUUGAUCGGAGCUCCAGUAGUGAAAAGACUGAAAAACACUCCUUCAAUGACACCAAAAGGUUAUGUUCCUGUUUGUGUUGGCGUGGAUGGGGAUACGAAACGUUUCAUGAUUCAUACCACAUUGUUUCGCCAUGCAGACUUCUCGGAGUUGCUGUAUAAGUCAGCUGAGGAAUAUGGUUUCUGCAACGAUGGGGUUUUGAGGAUUCCAUACGAGGCCAAGGAUUUUGAGAAUCAUUGGAUGAUCAAAAGGUCCAAACCCAAGAUUUAUAAGACUCUGCUGGAUAAUCUCUGUAGGCUCUACACAAAAGCCUUGCAGACUUUGCACAUUAAUCUACAGUCUUCAUGA